CCUCCAAACUCUUCUCAUUAGCCGCCGAUUCCGCCUUCACGACUCACUCUGGCUCUGCCUUUUUCUUCCCGCCCAAUUUCCCGCUCUCGCCGGCGCAAAGAAUCGCCGACUUCUUCGUUUGAGUCUGCCUCCGGCAACGUAUCAAUUAGUACCAAUUAUUGGCUAAAAAAAGAGAUGUCCAAAGAGGAAAGUCCACUAGUUGGUAGAAGAACCACAAGAUCAUCUCUGAAUUCGACACCAAACUCAAAAGCUCAUCAGGAGGUUCCAAAGGCUACUAAUCUUUCACGGCCAUUGACUAUCAAAGACCUUGUGUUCAGUGGUGAACCAAUAAGCCUUGAUGAGUUGAUCAGUUCUUUUCCAGGAAGGAGAAGUCAAAUUCUUGAUUUGGUUCAGUUUUUGGGCCCUUUAAAUUCACCCAUGAUUCCGUUAUUUGUCUAUGGAGGCGCUUCAACGGGGAAAACAAGCACUGUACUUUAUAUGUUCAGGCACUUGAAGCGUCCGUUCAUUUAUUGUAGUUGUGUCUCUUGUUAUAGUCCUAGGAUACUGUUUGAGUCCAUAUUGAAUCAGCUUUUGCUUCAUAGGAAGAAUGAGAGUGGUGGUUAUUUGAGUGCCAAACGGUGUGAAAGGCCAUCUGAUUUUGUCAAUCUACUACGUGAAGCUUUGACUGCUCUCAUAGAGAGCCUCAAAGGGAAUACCGGAAAAUCUAGCUCUAAAAAGUCAUCUUCACAGGUCAAUGGGAGGAUGAUUUACUUGGUAUUUGAUCAUCUAGAGCUUAUAAGGGAAUGGGAUAAGAGGGAGAGUAUAAUACCCCUUUUGUUUAAUUUGUACAACCUUCUUAAAAUCCCUGAGGUUGGUAUGAUUUUUAUCAGUAGAGCUUCUCUGGAUACAUUUCAGUCAGACACAGGUUAUCUUGAACCUUUCCCCAUCUAUUUUCCUGAGUACACGGAAGAUGAAUUACGCCAGAUAUUCAUGAGUAAUCAAGCAAAUCCUAAGCUGUAUUCGUCUUUUCUGGAUUUGGUGUUGAGGCCAUUCUAUAGGAUUACAAGACAGAUCGAUGAAUUAUCUACUGCAUUUUCUCCGUUAUAUAAGUAUUGUGAGCCGCUUGGUGAUUCGGUAACAGCCCCCGUUGGAGACAUGACGAGGAAAUUAUUUAUUCAUCUUCAACCAUUUAUCUCACCAUCCCUGAAUGAGACGUUUACCCUUUCUUCUCAAGCUCUGCUUAAAGACAGGAACAUGAGGAAGUCUGUUUUUAAGAAGCCUGGAGAAACUUUAGAUGAGGUUGAGUUCCAUAUGUCUACUUCUGCCAAAUAUCUGCUCAUCUCUGCUUUUCUUGCUUCACGGAAUCCAGCAACCCUUGAUGCCUCACUCUUCGAUUCAACUGGAGGAACUGACAAUCGAAAAAGAAAGCGAAAGGUCUCUGAAAAAUCAAUUGACCAGAAGGAAGCGAAAGAACAAGAAAUACUCAUGAAAGGACCAGGAACUUUCCCACUAGAGAGAUUGUUGGCCAUAUAUCAAUGCAUCACAUCAGUUGGGGAAUAUUCACUUGAUGAUGAAGAGCUACAAAAUGGUGAAUCGGGAGCUGAUGGCUCUGAUAGUGGAUCAACGUCCGACAUUCUCUUGCAAUUAUCCAGUCUAUGUAGUGCCAAUUUUAUUACGAAAGGUGGAAGCUGCCCACUGGAAGGCUCAACACGGUAUCGAUCCAUAGUGUCUGAAGAUAUAGUGUUGAGGGUGGCAAGGAGUCUGAAGUUCCCGUUGUCAAAAUACUUGUACAGAAGAUAGCAGAUUUGAAAAUUCGACUUGAUGCCCGAAGCAAACAUGGCAAGUCGCAAGGAUCUAUUGGCUUCAUACAAAUGUAUAUGUGUAUGUGUAUCGAUUAAGAGGCUGCUUUCAUUGUUUAAGUCCCUGAAUCGGCCAGAGUGCUUAGAGAAUAGCACAGCAAUUCAACAUACUGAUGUGCUGAUGCCUGAAAAAGCACUUGCUCUGGUGAACCCUGUUAUGUUCCUGGUUGUAUCUUAGUUUAUGUUUAAAUUUAAGAUAUUCCCAUGACUGCGAUUAUUGUUGUUGUAGUGAUGAAAAUAACAUUUUGCUCUUCCCUUGAGCUCUAUGACCAAAGCACUUUCUAUUUUCUAACAA